AUGGAAACGGCGGACGGCGGCCGCCGAGGGACACAAAGGGCGGCGCGGCGGCGGCGGGCUGCGCGGCGCGGCCCCAUGGCGGCGGCGGUAGCGGAGGAGGAGGAGGAGGCUGCGGCGGUGGGCCCGGGGCCGGGCGGUAGCGGCGCGGGGGCCCCUCGGUACCGCCUGCUGGCCGAGAUCGGCCGUGGGGCGUACGGCGUGGUGUACGAGGCGGUGUCGAGCCGCAGCGGAGCUCGGUUGGCGGUGAAGAGGAUCCGUUGCGACGCCCCCGAGAACGUGGAGCUGGCGCUGGCCGAGUUCUGGGCGCUGACCAGCCUGAGGCGGCAGCACCCCAACGUGGUGCGCUUCGAGGAGUGCGUGCUGCAGCGGCACGGCCUGGGGCAGCGCAUGAGCCACGGCAACAAGCGCAGCCAGCUCUACCUGCGGCUGGUAGAGACCUCCCUGAAAGGUGAGAGGAUCCUGGGCUACGCGGAGGAGCCUUGCUACCUCUGGUUCGUCAUGGAGUUCUGUGAGGGGGGGGACCUCAACCAGUACGUGCUCUCACGACGACCCGACCCUGCCACCAACAGGAGCUUCAUGCUGCAGCUCACCAGUGCCAUCGCCUUCCUGCACAAGAACCACAUUGUCCAUCGGGACCUGAAGCCAGACAACAUCCUGAUCACAGAGAAGUCCGGCACCCCCGUUCUCAAGGUGGCUGACUUUGGGCUCAGCAAGGUCUGUGCUGGUCUGACAGCUCGAGGCAAGAAGGGUGGCCACGAGAACAGAAAUGUGAAUGUGAACAAGUACUGGCUGUCUUCGGCUUGUGGCUCUGAUUUCUAUAUGGCCCCCGAGGUCUGGGAGGGGCACUACACUGCCAAGGCUGACAUCUUCGCCCUCGGUAUCAUCAUCUGGGCCAUGAUUGAGAGGCUCACCUUCAUUGAUGCUGAGACCAAGAGGGAGCUGCUGGGGACUUACAUCAAGCAGGGGACUGAGAUCGUGCCCGUCGGGGAAGCGCUGCUAGAAAACCCAAAGAUGGAGCUGCACAUCCCUCAGAAACGCAGGACUUCCAUGUCUGAGGGCAUCAAGCAGCUUCUGAAAGACAUGUUGGCUGCUAACCCGCAGGAUCGACCUGAUGCCUUUGAGCUUGAAACCAGAAUGGACCAGGUUACAUGUGCUGCUUAAAUUCAGGGCAGGGCACUGCUGUGCUUUGCAGCUGGGGCUGGAUGAUGUGUGCACAAGGAGCUGCCAGCUUAUGUCUUCAUGCCUUGGUGAGACCCUCUGCUACCCUGAGGACCACGUUCUCAUCUCCAUCUGCCGUAAGCUGCACGUUAGUGUCAUCCUCAUCAGUGCUGCGUGAGGGCUGUGGGCUGCUGGUUCAUGUUCUGCUGAUGCUGAGCGAACAUUCGAGCUGAUUAAAACUGGAAGUGGCGUCAGCAGGGGUAUUAAAAGCUCUUGAACAAGCCCAGAAACAGCAUGCGUCAAUGCAGCGAGCUUGGAAGCAGUCAGACCAGGAUCUUCCUUGAACUGCUCCUGCUCCAGGGAGGCGUGAAUAGCAGCAGCACAGCCCUACUUGCUGAUGGAGCUGUACCACAGGAGGAAUCUUACGGACAAUUCUUCACUCUGUUGCUCCUGCCCUGGUGUCCCAGUGCCUCCCACAAGAUACAGAACAGCUUCUCUCUGAUCCCAGCUGAGUGCAGGCAGCCCUGGCCCCUUCCUUUAAAAGUAGAUUCUGCAGGCGUGGAUUUCUUUAAUGGGAUUUCCUGGGACUAAGGGAUUUGAAUCAUUUGCUGGGUAGUGGUUAUGGCACAGUUUGUCUGUGGAGCUGGGGGGACAUGGCUGUGCUCCCAGCACCAUGAAGGGAAAACCAAAUUCCCCAUUUUCUCCAUGUUAUGUUUCUCAGAGCUGAAGUUUUGGGGAAGAUUCAACUGCUGUUAGUUGUGGGGAAAACUAUGUCAUGAAGCAGCAUGCUGCCCUAGGUUUGAAGGUUUGUGCAUUGUUUAACCAGGAGAAAAAAAGCUUCUGUGCAAAGCUGAGCUCUGCCUUCCCUGAGCGCGGUGCAGGGUUGCCCCUCCUGCCCCAAAAUCCAGGCUCUGAGCAUCCUCAGGGGCUGCACAGAGUGUGGCACUGCUCUUGGUUGCAUCCAAGUGGAUUUUAGCAGCCUCUUGCAGAGCACUCAAGAGCCUGAGCUGCUGCUGACGCACAGUACGAGAGGUUCAGUGUGACCCCAAAGUCCUGGUGUGUUCUGUGCUCAGUCACAUACAGGUCCUCAAGGACAGUGCCAUCACGGGCAGUGCUGAGGCUUUACCUUGCAGCCCAUUCCUUCAGUUAAAAUUUGCUUAAAAAAAUCAUACAAUACCCUGA